AGUCCCGCCGCCUCUAGUCCUCUUUUUCGCGCAGCGAUCACGUUGGCUUCGAUUGAGCGAGGGAUUUCUCUCCCCUCCGGAAGCAGCGUUCGCCGUAUUUUGUCAUACCCUUCUCUACGAUCGCCGACGCCGAUACAUCUGUCUGAAACCAUUUUCUCCAAAUUAGGGAUCGGGGACUGACCUAGUUUUUACUUUUCUCCCCAGUUCUUGCUAGGGCUUUAUUUCCAUUAAGUUGUAUUUUACCAUAUUUUUUAUAGAACGGAAGUUCUUGGUGGAAUUCUUGUAUGGAAUAACAUCAUCUUGUUUCCAGAACCUUCUUUUUGUACGUUUGGACUUACGCCUUGUGUGUUUCGCUUUUUGUAAUUUCUUUCAAGGGGUUCAGUCGAAUUCUGUACUAAAAUUUGAAUUCUGAAGCUUGAAGCAGUUCUUGAGUGUGUCUGCAUCGACUUUGCGGUACCGCCUGAAGUUCAUACUUGCUGUAUAAUUAUGGCGGCUGGGCGACAUGGGGGCUACCGUGAAAACGAGUUCAGGGACCGGGAGACCAAUUUUCAUGUGUCGAGGAAGUCGUUUGGCAAUGCCAGGCAAGAACUUGAAAGAGUUGAGGUCAGGAAUGAUGAUCGUGGUGUUCGUAGGAGUCUAAUGCGCGACGUCAGAGAUAAGGUCAGGAUUAGGCGCCAGGACAUGAAGGAGAACGCGGUUGUUAGUGGUUCUUAUUAUUCGUCUUCUAGGAAAAGUAAUUCGGGUAGUGGUAGUAAUCGUGGCCUGAUGGAAAAUAGGGGUUCUAGUACCAUCGAUAGGGAGUCGGGUGAGUUAUCUAGUGAGAGUCGAUCUGAUGAUGCCAUUGAAUCUGGCUUGGGAGUCAAAGAUACCGAGGUUUCAAAGGUGGUAGAAAAUGGGACUCUAUCUCCUACGGAGAGGAAGAGAAAAUUUUCGCCUAUAGUUUGGGACAGGGACGACAACAGAUUAAGUAAUCUAUCCAGAAAUAGGACUGUUACAACAGUGAUGGCUCUUCCACGGCCCCAGAAGUCGAUUCGCCAGUCUCCUAAUAUUAACUUAGACCGAGAUGUUCAUACAUCUUCAGUUAGGAAUAGAGAUAACGAGAAUUUGCCAUCUUCUUCUGAAUCUGAAUCUCCUUUUGCAUCUGGACGUGAAAUGUCUGAGUCAUCAGCAAGGUCGUCUCCUGUUUUACGAAAGCAUUUACACCAGAAUGUAGAAGCAGAACUGUUAGAUGAUGAAGAUAAUGGUCCAACCCGGAAUAUCUCAUUUUCACGGUGGGCAGGUGGAAAUUCCUCUCCAGCUGAUGAAGGUGAGGUUUUAGAUAACAAAGAAUUACUAAGACAAAAGAAACUACUAAUGUCAGAAAUUCGGGAAACUGAAGUACAUUGGAAGACCUUGAGUGACCCAUUUCCGGAGGCUGGGGACCUUAAGAGCAAUGGUUUCAAGUCCAGUGGAUUGAGAGUGAGGUCAUCUGAAUCUAACGAACAAGGUGCCCAUUGUAGAAUUUUGAGUGGGGAUGAGUAUCCUGGUGAUGAUGUGGAGAAGGGUGACUACAUGGAGGUUGAUGAGGGGCAUGAUGUUAGUUAUGCUAGUUUUAGUCUGUCAGAUACUGAUUCUGAUAAUGAUAACGUUGUUUCUGCCGCCCAGGAUCCUCCAGCACCCCCACAACGAAGUGUAAACAUGCUUCAGGGAUGUAGAAGUGUUGACGAAUUUGAGAGACUAAACAAGAUUGACGAAGGCACCUAUGGGGUUGUGUAUAGAGCCAGAGACAAGAAGACUGGGGAAAUUGUGGCCUUGAAGAAGGUAAAAAUGGAGAAGGAGCGGGAAGGAUUUCCACUGACUGCUUUGAGAGAAAUAAAUAUUCUUCUCUCAUUCCAUCACCCAUCAAUUGUUGAUGUGAAGGAAGUCGUGGUGGGGAGUAGUCUUGAUAGCAUUUUUAUGGCGAUGGAAUACAUGGAGCAUGAUCUUAAGGGACUCAUGGAGACCAUGAAGCAUCCUUUUAGUCAGAGUGAAGUAAAAUGCCUAAUGAUCCAGCUAUUGGAGGGUCUUAGGUAUCUCCAUAGUAACUGGGUGCUUCACAGGGAUUUAAAGACAUCUAAUUUGCUUUUGAACAAUCAGGGUGAAUUGAAGAUAUGUGACUUUGGAUUGGCUCGUCAGUAUGGAAGUCCUUUGAAGCCAUAUACACAUUUAGUUGUUACUCUUUGGUACAGGGCACCUGAACUUUUGUUGGGAGCAAGACAGUAUUCAACAGCGAUUGAUAUGUGGUCCUUAGGUUGUAUCAUGGCUGAACUUUUAUCGAAGGAACCUCUUUUUAAUGGGAAAACUGAAGUUGACCAACUUGAUAAGAUCUUUAGAAUUCUUGGCACUCCCAAUGAGACUAUUUGGCCUGGAUUCUCCAAGCUACCUGGUGUUAGAGUCAACUUUGUCAAGCACCAGGUCAACAUGCUUCGUAAGAAAUUCCCUGCCACAUCAUUUACUGGCACUCCGGUUCUCUCUGAUUCUGGGUUUGAUCUGUUGACCAAACUUCUGGCAUAUGAUCCUGAUAAGAGAAUAUCAGCUGAAGAAGCUCUUGAUCAUGAGUGGUUUCGGGAAGUGCCUCUCCCGAAGUCUAAGGAGUUCAUGCCUACUUUCCCUGCUCAGCAUUCUCAAGACAGGCGAAUGCGAAGAAUAUUGAAGAGUCCAGAUCCCCUAGAGGAGCAACGUAGAAAGGAAUUGCAGCACCRGGAGUUAGGAACUGCUGGUCUCUUUGGAGUUUGGUGGGCACAUCGUCCUACAGCAAAGCAGUUAAAGGUCCUUGGAGUCCCAUUAUUUAGUUGCAAAACAUCAUAAUUGAUUGAUUGGCUUCCUGAGAUAUUAGAAGUGGUACAAGCAUUAGAUUUUGGGAAGAGGUUGCAGGGCCCAUGUCGUUUGAAUGGGGCUCUAUAACAUACCCAAUAGCAAAAGCCUCUCCAUAAACCAUGUCUUGAAUUUUCUCGCAAACCACAUAGCACCCGACCUUGAGAAGGAAUUGAAAUGAUGAAGAAUUUCAAGAAUGGCUUUCCCUCUCAAGUAUGCUUGCUGGCCAUUACCUAACUCAUUUUGAUGAUAAAUGGCUUUGGGCUUGCGACAUUUCUGGGACUUUGGUCAACAUAUCUCUCUUGACGCCAAGAGCGGCAUUAUCGUUCCUGAUUCCGGUUUUUUGUAAAUUUAUUUGCAAAGGUAGUAUCCUAAAAAUGUUGAGAUUUUUCUUGUGGGGCCUGUUGGAAGUAUCCAUGCUCAUGACAGGGUUCAAAAACACAUCCUUCAGUUUGUAUGCCUCCCCAUUGAUCUCACCUCUGCAACUCUAGUGAAGAAGAAGCCUUUUGAAAUUUGAUGGGAGAACUUUUUUUUUCCUUCUUUUGAAAGGAAAGCAUGUUCUAUAGUCGUCUCACAGGAAUGAUGGAUAGCUUUCUUUGUUAGCCAGCUAUUCGGUUGCGAUUUGAUCUGGGGAAGGGUAUUGCAGGAACAUCUGUUUAGUUUUAGUUGACUUGCGAAAUUGUGACUUGUGAUCGUUUGUACUGAUCCACAAUCCAUGGAGUUCAGGCUAUAAUCUUCGAGGAUAAAUGGCAAAUAACAGUUCGAUUCAUUGUUGUAGCUGUACUCUGAGAAUAAUAUGAAGUGUCUAUUAUUUGCUCUAGCAGUCCUUAGUCCUUUCACACGUCUGUUUUGGAGUAAGUGAUAUUAACGAAUCGAUGAUAAUAUUUGUGUUUGAAACGGCAGUUCUUAA